AUGGCCACUCAAGCAGCUCCCUCCUCGUCCUCUUCAUUUUCUUCAUCCUCUUAUUCUUCUUCUUCUUGCCCUCAAUGGAAAUACCAUGUGUUCCUCAGUUUUUGUGGUGUUGACACCCGCAAGAAUUUCACAGAUCAUCUUUAUACUGCUUUGAAACAAAAGGGUAUUAUCACUUUUAGGGAUGAUGAGAAACUUGAGCGAAGAAAGUAUAUUUCCCCAGAGCUCUUGAAAGCAAUAGAAGAGUCCAAGUGGUGCUUAACUGAACUAGCAAAAACUUUUGAAUGCAUGAAAAAGACCAAAUUGACAGUUUUGCCCGUCUUUUAUCAUGUGGAUCCCUCGGAUGUAAGAAACCAAAGUGGCACUCUUGCUGAAUCCUUUGUUAAACAUGAGGAAGAUACCAGGGUUAACACAGAAGAUGUGCAAGUGUGGAAAGAUGCUUUGAAAGACUUAGCUCAUAUAUCUGGAUGGCAUCUGCAUGAUAGACAUGAAUCAAUAAUUAUACAAAAAAUCAUUGGAAGAAUAUUUAGUGAGUUGUAUCACAAACUCCCAUGUGUUUCUGAGGACCUUGUUGGAAUGGACUCCUGUGUGGAGGAAAUGUUGGAUUCAUACAUAGGUGAAGGGUUGGGUGGUGUUCGCUUUGUUGGGAUAUGCGGGAUGGGUGGAAUGGGCAAAACAACCCUUGCACUUGAAAUUUAUAGAAGAACUUUUGGUAACUUUGAAGCAAGAAGCUUUAUUGCUAAUAUUAGAGAAGAAACUAAAAAUCAAGGCCUAGUUUCUUUACAAAAACAACUACUUUCUAAGAUCCUCAUGGAAAGUGAAAUAAAUAUAUGGGAUGUUUGUGAGGGAAUCAAUGUUAUAAGGAAUACACUAUGUACUAAAAAUGUUUUUAUUAUUCUUGAUGAUGUGGAUGAAGAUAAGCAAUUAGAAGCAUUGGUAGGGAAGCAUAAUUGGUUUGGUCCUGGAAGUAGAAUCAUGGUAACAAGCAGAGAUAGCCAUUUAUUGAUAAGAUGUGGUGUGGAUUACAUAUAUACAGCCAAGGAAUUGAAUAACGAUGAUGCUUUGCAGCUUUUUAGUUGGAGAGCUUUUCAUAAACCUCAUCCAGAAGAAGAUUAUGUGAAUUUGUCUAAGGACUUUGUGAAUUAUGCUAAAGGCCUUCCUUUAGCUCUUAAAGUUUUAGGUUCUUUGUUGUUUGCUAAAAGAAUGAAUGAAUGGAAAAGUGUCCUAGAUAAACUAAACGAAGAACCUGAUAGAAACAUUUUGGAUAUACUUCAAAUAAGCUUUGAUGGGUUAACAAAUACACAGAAAGGAUUGUUUUUAGAUAUUGCAUGUUUUUUCAAAGGGGAGAACAAAGAUUGCAUAAGAGACAUACUGGAAAGUUUUUGCUAUUAUCCUAACUACAAUAUUGGUGUUCUUAAGGACAAAUCUCUCAUAACCAUUGAUGACUAG